UUACAAGCCACUCGCACACAAGCUCACACCAGCCCAAACAGCUACAAAACCUCGACCACCACGUUCGACCACAAUCACAACAGUUAAUACACUCCAAUAAUCGAUUUGACAUCUUGUUCAAAAAUAGCCAAAAUGCCCAAGUACGCCAAAAACCAACCCGUCGGCUUCAAAAAUGCCAUCGAGAGAAUCGCCAUUGUCGGUGCCGGUGGCACCAUUGGAUCGCACAUCGCCGCUGCCCUCCUUAAAACCGGAAAACACACAGUCACGGCCCUUUCCCGCAAAGACAGCAGCAACAAACUCCCUGAGGGCGUCCUCGUCGCCCCAGUUGACUACGACGACGAGGCCACCAUUGUCGCCGCCCUCAAGGACCAGCAAUUUUUUAUCAUCACUAUGGCCCCCACCGCGCCCCGGGAUGCCCACAGCAAGCUCGUCCAGGCGGCCGCCAAGGCUGGUGUUCCCUACGUCAUGCCUAACGGGUACGGCGGCGACAUUGAUAACAUCAAACUUGAGCAGGAGACGAUGCUGGGGCCCGUGGGCAAAGCCAAUAGGGACGAGAUUGAGAGGCUCGGUAUGCAGUGGAUAACUGUGUGUUGUGGGUUUUGGUACGAUUAUAGUCUGGCGGGUGGCGAGGCGCGCUUUGGGUUCGACUUUGACAAGCGUUCCCUGACAAUCUAUGACGAUGGCAACACUAAGAACUCAACGUCGACGUUGUCGCAGGUUGGGCGCGCCGUGGCCAAAGUGCUGAGCCUCAAGGAGCUUCCCGACGAUGAAAGCGACAAGAGUCUUACUCUAUCGGGGUUCCUCAACAAGGGCGUGUACCUUAAAAGCUUUGUUGUCAGCCAAAACGACAUGUUUGAGAGCGUUAAGCGCGUCACGGGCACCACUGAAGCCGACUGGACGGUUACCCACGAGGCCACCAAGAAGCGAUACGAGGAUGGCCUGGCGCAAGUUAAAGGUGGUAACAUGGCUGGUUUUAGCAAGAUGCUGUACGCCAGGGCAUUUUACCCGGAUGAAUCAAAUGAAUUCUCUGCCAAGGCGCAGAAUGAGCUGCUUGGAUUGCUGGAUGAGAGCCUGGAUGAGUCUACCAAGGCUGGGAUAGAUAUGGUCAAGGCCCUGCAGCGUCGUGUUGAGCGUAUGGCGGUCUAGACAACAGCAUCUACAGAAUUUGAACCAAUUAAUAGAUGGACAUUAACAUAGGAAUUACAGUAGUUUUCGAAACCAGUCAGUGCGAAUACGCCAAGUACCACAGAUCUAUUUUUGAGGGUUUAAAGGCGAUCAAUUAUAUAUGUAAUCAAAAUGCCAUACCGUAUUUCACAUGCGAGCCG